GGACCAACCUGGAGAGAACACAACAUUAUAUCAGGACCUAUAGACACCUGGAGAGAACACAACAUUAUAUCAGGACCUAUAGACACCUGGACCAACCUGGAGAGAACACAACAAGAUGAGGAUCCUGCUGACAGUCCUCCUCCUCUCCUUCAUGACAGGUUGUUUGAGCUCCUUCAAAGUGACAGGAUCCUCUGGAGGAACUGUCAUCAUCUACUGUCAUUAUUCCACAGAAGACAGAAGUCAUGAGAAAUAUUUCUGCUUGGGGCAGUAUAGUUAUAGUUUGAGAUGUGAGGAUCAAAUCAGAACUGGAUUGAAUAACACCUGGAAGCACAGUGGUAGAUUCUCUCUGUAUGACAACACUGGAGGAAAGUACUUCAAGGUGAUCAUCAGACAACUGACCAGACAAGAUGAAGGGACCUACUGGUGUGGAGUGGACAAACCUAUUAUACCUGACAGUUAUACCAAGGUAGAGCUGGAGGUGAAGAAGGAUGACUGCUGUGUGAAGUCAGUCACAGAGACGGCCUUUCUGGGAGGAGAAGCUACCAUCAGAUGCAACUAUCCAGAGGACCAUGAGGACAGAAUCAAGUAUUUCUGCAAGGAACAAGAUCGCUUCAUCUGCAAUUCCAUGAACUCCAAAAACAACAAAAUAUCUAACAUCGUACAGCGAUUCUCUGUGUCUGACAAUAGAGGAGAGAGAUUCUCCACAGUGACCAUCAAUGACCUGACUGAAGAUGAUACUGGGACCUACUGGUGUGGAGUAGAAACCAGCAGGACAGAACAACGUUACAUUACACUGAUCACACAGGUGAAGCUGCUUGUUAUAAAUUGGAGGGAUGUCAAACCAAUCAAUGUGACUGAGCAGGUUGGGGAGACUGCCAGACUCACUUGUAAAUAUCCAGACGACCAUAAGAAGAAUGAGAAGUUCUUCUGUAAAGGGGACAGUCCUUUAACCUGUGAAGAUAAUGUAAGAACUACGGUACAUCAUGAAGUUGUGUAUAAAGGCAGGUUUUCCCUGAGGGAUAACCCCAGAACAACAGUCUUCACAGUGCACAUCAAAGAGCUGAGACCAGAGGAUUCUGGGACAUACUGGUGUGGAUCUGAUAGAAGAUGGAGACCUGCAGACUUCACUAGAUUUAUCCUCUCUGUGGUGGCACCAACUACCACCAUCAUGAAAACCAAAACUACAGCCCCACCCACAACCACCUUCCUCUCACUAUCUUCACCAUCAUCAUCAUCAUCAUCAUCAUCAUCAUCACCAUCAUCAUUAUCACCAGCAUCAUCACUCAACGGAUCUGGUACCUCAGUGGUCAUCAUGGUGUCUGUUAGUCUGGUAGUGUUACUGCUGCUGAUCAGCCUGAUCCAAGUCUACAGAUGGAAAUACAACAAGGACACAGGAUCUGUCUCUUCAACACACAGAGUGAGUCCAGACACAGGAAACAAUGACGGGGGUUGUCAUGGUGAUGGUGACUAUGAAGAGAUAAUGGAGCGCGCCCCAAGGUCAGACUCGGGCGCUGCGACCUCCACCAUCUACACCACCGUCAACUUACCCACAAGCCACUCUGACUCUCCCCACUACGCCAGCGUCAACUUCCACAAGAACCCCAGUAGCCCCAACGAAGCAACUGCCACCAUUACUAAAGAGGGCAGCUGCCCCAAUGAAGCCACCGCUUCCAUUGCUAAAGAGGGCACGUCAUCAUGUGACUAUGCUACUGUGAACUUUGGUCAAAGCCCCACCUACUCUACUGUCAAUCACCCACACAGCUCCUCUGAGGCUCCUCCCAUCUACUCCACAGUCAGCAAACCCAGAGACACCUGAGUCAAUGGCAACCAAUCACAAGAUACAUACACACACUGGCGACCAAUCACAAGAGAUAUAUUUUAACUAUAUGCGCUGACCUCUCUCUCUCUCACUCUCUCUCUCUCUCUCUCAAAAAUCCUGGCCAUGAGUGAGCAUGUCUUGCAAUUAUGAGAUGCCCGGUUCUCACCCAGGUGAGGGGAGGUAUCUCUUGAAUGCCCUGCUCAAAACUGACAACGAGGCUCGAUAUAGGGGUGGAGUUAACAAACUCCGUCUUAAAAGUUCAAAGCGAGGGCUUUGUAGAUUAUGAUUAUUUUCGUUAUUAUUUCCCAGUAUAUAAUAUUAUGUCAUGAUUGUUAUUAUUUCCCUGUAUAUAAUAUUAUGUUAUGAUUAUUGUUAUUGUUUCCCUGUAUAUAAUACUAUGUGAUAAUGUGAUGUUUGAUGUAAUAUAAAUCUGUUAUCUUUUUA